AUGAGUCUCCCACGUGCUACCUCUUAUAGAAGUCUCUUGACUCUCAACUUGAACCUUGCCUUUGCCACGUCCUACCAUAAAGUCGAAAACUUCGAAGUAGUUCGUGGCGAUGGCAGUAAGGGGCUUAACAAUCCGAACGGACCUGGAUGGCCUCGUCUUGAUCCAAGCAUUCUGGGCACCAUGUGGAUUUUUGACUCGAACAACGAUGCGUUGAUUAACCACAUAUUCCGUGGCUGGCAUCGACGCAAUGAAUUUACAAAUCUCGGUGAAAUCUUUACCACUCUUGGAUUCAGCCCCGUCGACUCCAUCUCGCACUUCAGCUCUUUAUCGUAUAUUGGUGAUACGCAGAUCCCUGUGGGCGUCGCGGUUGACAUCGCCUCACGCGGGCCUGGAAAUUGCCAGCAGCAACUCUAUCGGCAAGAAGACAUUAUCGCCCGAAGGACAUUGAUGGCGGCAAGCAUGCCAGUGUUGACUUUGAUGGCAUUGGCAAGCUGUCAUAUUGACACUGAUGGAAAUUUGGUGCAUCAGCCACUUCCGGAAGCCUUUGUCUUUGGCGUAGCUAUCCUAACCGAAGAAGUAAUGGUCGAACUGUUCACACCAUAUUUCGACGAGAAAUCGAAGAUCUGGAAGAUAUAUUGCUCCUCCUGUCAUUCCAUUCCCUUUGGCGAUCUUACGCUAGCUCGCGUGCGGCCGCAUUUCCUUCUUGUAGAAUUCCUCAACUUGAUAUCUGGGAUCCAUGUCCAUCAUCAAAAUUUAGCGCGUACGCUGACCAGAUUUAAGUGGGAAAACCAUAUUUUGGCCAUCUUUUCUAAGCGAUCUUCCGUCGACUGGCACUAG